AAUUUUACUGUUAUUUCACGCUUCCCAUCGCACUAUCUUUGUCAGAUUCGCUAAUUUUGCUUCCAUUGCAAGUUCCCCAUCUCAGAUCCCGCAUUGUUAGGAUUCCCAGAGGAUCCCUUUUCUAUUCCCUCUUGCUUAAUUGAAGUUUGUGUUUAUAGUGCUUAGGGUUUCGGAUCAGAGUCAAAUUCAUCAAUAAGUUGAACAAAGGUUGUGGUACAUUGGUUAUGCAAUAAUGUCAAGGGUUACCAAAUGGAAACUUGAGAAGGCUAAAGUAAAAGUUGUCUUUCGGCUGCAAUUUCAUGCUACACAUAUUCCGCAGAGUGGAUGGGAAAAGUUAUUUAUAUCUUUUAUUCCUACUGAAACUGGGAAGACCACUGCAAAGACUAGCAAAGCCAAUGUGAGAAAUGGUUCAUGCAAAUGGGCAGAUCCUAUCUAUGAAACUACAAGGCUUCUGUUAGAUUCUAAGAGCAAACAAUAUGACGAUAAGCUCUACAGACUUGUUGUCGGAAUGGGUACUUCACGGUCUAGCAUCCUAGGUGAGGCUACUAUCAAUCUUGCUGAUUAUGCUGAUGCAACACAGCCGUCUGCUAUCGGUCUCCCUCUUCAUGGAUCCGAUCAUGGAACCAUUUUGCAUGUUACAGUUCAGCUGCUGACGGCUAAAACUGGAUUCAGAGAAUUUGAACAGCAGAGGGAUAAAGGAUUGCAAAGUGGCAACAAUGUAAAUAGAGAGAGCGAAUCUAGUGUUGUCAAAUCGUCGUCUUCCGAGUUGCAGAUACCCGAUGAUCAAGUUAAUAAGGCCAAGACACAUAUACAACUCAGAUCACAAUCUAAAGAGCUUCUGUCAGUUGUGGAAGAAACGGGAGUACGUGAAGAAUAUUCAGAUUCACAGGUUACGUGUGAUGGCUCAUCCAAUGCGUCAGAAAGUUACUAUGCUGACAAGCAUGAUCCAUAUAGCACUCAUGAAGUCGAUAGUCUUAAGAGCAGGGUUUCUGGGAGUCAAAGCUCACCAGGGGAUGGUUCUAAUCACCACAAGUUGGCUCAGAGAAGUGGUUCAGAUUAUUCCAUGGACAAUGACUUGGUAAUUGCUUAUGAAGAGAAUCAUAGGCUCAGAGGAAGCCUGGAGGUGGCUGAGUCAUCCAUUUCCGAGCUCAAGGUGGAAUUAAGUGUUUUACAGAGUCAUGCUAAUGAAAUGGGUACUGAAACAGAAAAGUUGGCACAAGAACUAGCCACUGAGAUUGCUUCAGGUCAAGAACUAGCAAAAGAGGUUACUGUUCUUAAAUCAGAAUGUUCAAAGUUCAAAAAUGAUUUAGAACAGUUGAAAGAAAUGAAAUCAAGCUCAAAGUAUAUGGAGAGAAAAAUAGAGCAAAGUGGGCACCAAAAGCAGCUCAGAUGGGUAAAUGGGGUUUUACUUGUGGAAGAUCGAAUAAGGGAACUCCAAGAAAAGAUUUACAUCGGUUUUCGUGAGUCUGAUUUCAGUUUCUUACACUCCGAUUUGGAGGUGCUCCUGAGUACGGUGCAGGAUCUUAAGAAAGGAACAGUUGAGGCACUACCACUUCAACAUGAGGCUCUUGCUAUGAAUAUCGAUGAGCCUGAAAGCAUGCUUCACUUUGGUAAAAUACCAAGUUCACCUCUUCAAGAACCUGGAUCUACAGGAGUGAUUGAUUCAACAGAAGGGAGUCAUUUGGAACUUUUAAGCCAGUUGGAUAUUGCAAAAGCUGAGAGGGAAAGUCUUGUUAGAAAGAUGAACCAAAUGGAGUGUUACUACGAGGCACUUGUGCAAGAGCUUGAGGAAAAUCAAAAGCGGAUACUGGGAGAGUUUCAGAGCCUUAGAAAUGAGCAUUCGACAUGUGACUUCACCAUUUCCACUUGCAAAGCUGAAUCUGAGUCAAUACGGCGUGAUAUGAAUGACCAGAUGGUAAGAUUUACUGAAGAAAACCAUGAGUUGGGUUCAAUUAAUAAGGAGCUUCAGAGAAGAGCUACAACUUCAGAAUCAGCACUCAAAAGGGCUCGUCUGAAUUACUCUAUCGCAGUGAGUCAGCUCCAGAAGGAUCUUGACAUGCUAUCCUUCCAAGUUUUGUCCAUGUUUGAGACCAAUCAGAACGUUCUUAAGGAAGCUUUCUCAGACCCUCCUCAACAUUUAGUCGAGGAUUUUCAGGAAUCAGAUGAUACUUUAGUCUCAAAUCUUCGGAGUAAACAGCCCUCAGGUGGUGAUGUUCUUUCAGAUGACCUGAAGAAAUCUCUGAGCUUGCAAGAAAAUAUAUACAAGAAAGUUGAAGAAGAGCUUGGUGAAAUGUCUUCUGCAAACUUAUACUUGGAUGUGUACUCAGGGAUUCUCAAGGAGACGUUGUUUGAAGCAAGUGAUCAUAUAAGAAAAAUGAAGGGGAAAUUAGAAGAGUUGUCACAGCAGUUAGAACUUUCGAACCAAUCGAGGGAUCUUUUAUUCAGGAGACUGCAGACUGCUGCAGAAGAUGUUCAUUCCCUGAACGGGCAGAAUGCAUAUUGUCUUGCCAAAUGCAAUGAUCUGCAGCUGCAAAACCAAAUGUUGGAAGCGGAUUUAGGAAAUCUUUCAAACGAGAACUUUCUCCUCAUGGAAAAGAUUACUGAAUGUGAAGCAUUGCUCAUGGAUUACCGAGUUUACAAAAGCAAACAUGAAGUUGUUUCUGCUGAAAAGCUGGAGCUGGAAAAUCUCCUGGAAAUACGAGUUCUGGAUAAUCAGAAUCUCCGUAAAGAUAUGGAAUCUGUGAAGGAAGAAUUAGAAACUCUAAGAUCUGGAAUUCAUGAGUUGGCUAUAUCGAAAGAAACUAUACAGAAAGAUUUGGAGAAGGAAAGGGAUAUAGCUGCAUUGUCCUUGAGUGCUGCCAGAUCAGAAAUUGAUGACGUAAAGAGGAGAUUUAAGCAAGGUUUACAUGAUAUGGUGGCAAAACUCGACACACCCAACGCUUCUUUAGAGAAGCUUCAGUUUCAACUUGACUCUUUUGCCAACAAAUUCAAAAGUAGCUUGGAAUCAAAGGAAAGACAUGUGCAGCACAGUGAAGUUCUUUUAACGUACCUUUCUUCCUUGGAACUUGAGCUGCAAAAGAUGUCAUCUGAAGAUAAGAACUUUAUUGAAAACAUCAUGGGAUUGGAUAUGAUGGCUGAAGAAUUUGAAAUGAGUAAGUUGGCUAUUUCUGAAUUGAAACAAGAGAAUCAGGAUUUGAUGAUGCAUGUGAAAAAUAAGAGUGAGGAGUCCAUUAAGCUCUUACCAGAGCUCGAUAGACUGAAAGAAUGUUUGAAAUGUGUGAAUGAUGAACUGGAUGUUGAGAGAGAUCUGAAAAGCAAACUAGAGGGUACCGUUGCAUCUCUGACCUCCCAACUUGAAAGCCAGAGGUCUGAGCUCAGCCAUGUUAGGAAACUUGCAUCAGAUCAAGAAUCAGAAAACUUUAGAGUUGUCAAACUUCUCUCACUACAUGAAGAGAGUCUAGAAAAGCUUAGCAAGAAGCAUUCUGCUGAUGUUUCUCUUGCAUGUCAGUUGUCAGAGAUGCAGGAAACCAUGAUUUCUGAAGAUCUAAAACUUACUUUCGUUAGAUCUCAGUAUGAAACUUGGAUUGAGGAGCUUGGGAAACAGCUUCAAGAACUUGAAAGCAAGCACCUCGAUAAUGAGGCAAGAUUGAAUCAGUCUCUUGCAAGUGAAGCUCAUUACAUCGAAGAAAACAAAGAGUUGACGAACGCACUGAAAUCCCUCAGAAUGGAGUUAGAAACUUCUGUUGCUCAAAAUUUAGUCUUUUCAGACUCGAUCAAUGUUCUAACAUGUGAGCUUGAGCAGUACAAGGAUAAGGUGGGAGUGCUGGAGCUUAGUUUGUCGAAUGAAAAUAAUCAGCAUGCUGUUGAAGUUGGUCAGUUGAAAGAUUUGUUGGCCAAGUCUGAGUCAGAGGUAGAUGGUUUGUUAUUUUCCAGGGAAGAAUCAGAGAUGGUAUCGGUGGUACUCAAAGCCAAGUUAGAGGAACAGAAUGAUGAAUUGAUCAUGUUGCAAAAUAAAUCUGCUGAACUUACAAAGAAACUCGCUGCACAGAUUCUGAAGACAGAAGAGUUUAAGAACUUGUCUAUAUACUUGAAGGAGCUCAAAGAUAAUGCUGAUAUUGCCCGCGAGAAAAAAGAUCCCGAAGGGCCAUCAGAAUCAUUGCGAAUGGCCUUUGUAAAAGAACAAUAUCAAACGAAAAUGCAAGAAUUAAAGCAACAACUUUCUGUUUCCAAAAGGCAUGGUGAGGAAAUGCUAUUUAAGUUACAGGACGCCCUUGAUGAAAUCGAGAGUAGGAAGAAAUCUGAAGCUUCUCAGUUGAGGAGAAUUGACGAAUUAUCGGUCAAGAUUGUGGAAUUGGAAGCAGAACUACAAUCAGCAACUUCUGAUAAGCCUAAUUACGACAGGAUACAGGCUGAACUGGAAUGUGCUCUCUUGAGCCUUGAAUGUUGCAAGGAAGAGAAAGAAAAGCUUGUUGCUUUAUUACAAGAAUGUGAGGAGGAGAAGUCUAAAAUUGUGGUUGAACUUUCUGUGAUUAGAGAGCAGCUUGCCCAGAAAGAAGAAAACAGCGUAUCAGACAAACAUCGGCAUAUGGGCUUAAAUGGUUCUAUGGACUAUAAAGAAGUAAAAUCUGCCACUUCAACUCAAACCGGUGAAGCUGAAAACCCAGUAAUCCCCAUAAAUGUACGAGCCAUCCAGGAAGGAGUUUCAGGGUCUGAAGGGGUUCAUGGUGUUACAGAGCAUGCAUCUGCAGACGAAGAGAGUUCAUUGCUGAAUGAUUCAAAGCAACUAACUGUUGUGAAUGAUCAAUUCAGAGCUCAGCAUUUGAGAUCUUGUAUGGAGCAACUAGACGAAGAGUUGGAAAAGAUGAAAAACGAUAAUUCUCUUCUUCCAUUGACUAAUUAUGACCCAAGUUUUCAAGAUUUACAGAGAGAACUUGUGCAACUACGGAAGGCCAAUGAAGAAUUGGGGAGCAUAUACCCAAAUUUUAUUGAUCUCCCGGGAAAUGGAAAUGCGUUAGAACGGGUGCUUGCUUUGGAAAUUGAGCUUGCGGAAGCACUUAGGACAAAAAAGAAAUCGAGCAUCCAAUUCCAAAGUUCUUUCCUUAAACAACACAGUGAUGAGGAGGCCGUGUUUAAAAGUUUCAGAGACAUCAACGAACUGAUCAAAGACAUGUUGGAAAUCAAAGGGAAGUACGUUAAUGUCGAAACUGAACUGAAAGAGAUGCAUGAUCGUUACUCUCAAUUAAGCCUGCAGUUUGCCGAGGUCGAAGGAGAGAGACAGAAACUGAUGAUGACCCUAAAAAACGUACGGUCAUCCAGGAACAUGCUUCGCUUGAAUCGCUCACCAAUUCCAAUUCCUACUCUAGAAGAUCAUCAUCCUUUAUAGUGUAAAAUUAGUCAAAAAGUUUGCAGUUUUGUGAAUAAGAAAUCGAAAUCGAUCCAUGGCUGCUGAGAGUUGAGAGUUGGGUUCAACUGCAAGAAGCUUGAAUCUGGAUUGGAUGCAAAAUCUUUUAUGGUGGCGUAUAUAACUAAAGGUUUUGCC